CAUUUUGUAAACAUUCGUUCUCGCCGUACAUUGCGCCGUUUUCUGCAAUCUCUCCUAUCGACAACUAGCGUUGUGUUUGAUAGACCUUUAUACAGACCUUAGCUGUGCUUCUCUCGUGCUUUGCGCCUCGCAGAACCUCCGACGUCCUCCGCCAUGGCGACCCCCUCGCGUCGUUUCCCCAGUAGGACAUCUGGGGCUUUUCAGCGCCCCGGGAGCAGAGACCAGGAAAAGGAAGAGAUAUGGAAACCUAUGCUGGAUAAUAUAUCGAGCGGGAAGAGGUUACCUGAAAAGAGUCUUUUGGUAUUAGGCGGUACCCCAGAAACGCAGAGAGAAUUCCUUGAAUCCGUGUCUACGGAGUCGUCGAGCGGUCGGAGACCUCCGGAUCGCGGAAGGAAACCGCCCAUCGCGAAUCAAUUUGCGUUGGGGUAUACGUACCAGGACGUCCUCGACACAGACCACGAAGAUACGCUCGCUCGACUCUCCCUCUACCUUCUUGCGAACCCCUCGCCCUCGUUCGCACCCCUGAUUAAGCCGUAUCUCAACCCUCGCACGCUCCCUCACAUGCUCGUAGUGAUUCUCCUGGACUGGAACCACCCUUGGCUAUGGGUCCGCCAAUUACGGGACUGGAUUCGCGUCCUACGGUCCCUCAUCUUGUCGCUGGAUGACGCAUCGAAGGAAGUGCUGGAGGAAAACAUAUCGGCAUUGCAGGACAAAGGCCGUGGUGGAGGCGGUACAGAGACUUCCAGCGCAGCGGAAGCCGUCAAGAUCCCCCUCGGGCCUGGAGAAUGGGAUGAGCCGCUUGGGAUUCCCCUGUGCGUGGUCUGCCAAAACGCAGACAAGAUCGAGGCGCUGGAGAAAGAGCGCGGGUGGAAAGAAGAGGAGUUCGAUUUCAUUCUACAGUAUAUCCGGACCAUUUUGCUCAAGCAUGGCGCAAGCCUGGUUUACACGAUGCCGUCGGCGCCGGGCUCUCUGCAGACUCUGAUACAUUCGCACCUGGGGAUCAAGUCGCUGGUGAAGCAGAAACAACUGAAAGCUAAUGUCAUCGAUCGCGAUCGGGUACUGGUGCCGCCGAAUUGGGACUCCUGGGGGAAGAUUCGCAUUCUAAGGGAGGGGUUCGAUGUGGAGGGCGUCAGUGAGAAGUGGUCCGUUGACAUUGAUAUCCCUAGCCAACUCAGAGCGGUGCACAACGGCGAUGCUCCUGCAGAAGGGGAAACUACCGCAAACGAGGAGAAACCUGAAUUAGAAAGCGAGGGCCCAUCUGCAACAUCGAUCUAUGAAGAGACGAUACGGAACCCCGAACAGGACUUCCCUCUUUCGGCACUUCAUACGAAGCAGGCCAACGGCAUUGAAGUGACGACGAAGGAUGCACAGGCCUUCCUUACCGAACAGCUGCAGACGCUAGAAGUACUACGGCGCGAGGACGAAAACGAGCAACGGAUCAAGGCGGCGAGGAAGAAGGAGGAUCCUACGUACAGGACGUGGGCGGACGAUGUCAGCGGUGUGGUGGAAGAGCAUAUUGGGCCUGUGCAGUUUAAUAUGGGCGGUAUACAUGUCAAUGCCGACGAGAUGGUUAAGCGGCUUCAGGACCGAGAAGCCAAUCGUGCGGCUUCGCCUGAGGAGCCGACGACACCGCCAUCGGGACAGGAUACGAAGAUGGAGAAUGACAAGUUGGCGUCGUUCUUCGCGGGAUUGAUCAACAAGAGCUCGACGCUGACUAGUAGCCCGAGGGGCUCGUGAGUCGAGCAAGACCUUUUCCCCAAUCUUUUCACGGGGGAGGCCAUGGCUAACAAGAGCCCAAUUGUGCUACAGGUAGUGCUGACAGGUAAAGGAAGAGGGAAGGGGGGGUUUGCUGUUUUGGAUCUCGUGGUUUGGUGUGUCACGGUUUUGUGUAUCUCUGGGGGGUACUUUAAGGUUUUAUACCCACGGCAUAAAGUCUGCAGUUUCGCAAAUGUAUCUCGUAUGUCUGCUCCUGACUGGUCUUUCUUUUUUCACCGAGUCGGCUUCUUUGGAAAUGUGUUGGGAUUGUUCGUUUUCUACGGGGAUGUGGGAAGGCUGAUUGGCAUUCCGGACGUGCUUGUGCACUGCUGGUCUCCCGGUUUCGUUAUUCUGGCGGAUUGAAGCAUCGUUGGUUUUGUC